UGUAAAGAUAUUAUACUAUAGUUAAUCGGUCUAAUAAAUUUAAUUCCAAAAUUAACCCUACGCAAGUUAGUCCAACGCGCCUCCACAGGAGCGUCGCGCACACAAAACACACCCUUUCUGGUACUCGCUUAGCGAAACGGCACAAAACUCCCGCGUCCAUGCAAAUUACCCUCACAGGCAACAAACAAACACACAGUUCACACACUUUCUCACACUCACUCUUCUCUCUCUCUCUCUCAUCACCCCCAAAAUCCCCCUCCAUUAAUUAUCAGUAUUAUCCCAAUAUUCCCCAAAAGGGAAAAGAAAAGAAAUCUGCUCAUUUGCUUUCCAUUUAUCAGUAUUCACUCUCCCAGAUUCUUCAUUCAAUUGUAACAUCCGACCUAAUACAGAUCGAUACAUUGCGUCAACGUAACGCCUAAAAUAUUCACAAUCAAUUUUUAUUUUUUUUUGGCUGUUGCUGUUUGAUUGCUCGACAGGAAGGAUUAAUGGCGGCGGAACCGACUGUACCGGCGGCACCUGCGUCUCUGUACGUUGGGGAUUUGCAGAAAGACGUGACGGAUGGUAUGCUUCUCGAGGCUUUCGCGGAGUUCAAGAGCCUUGCCUCCGUCCGCAUCUGCCGUGACUCGUCCACCAACACCUCUCUCUGUUAUGGCUACGUCAAUUUCGUCUCGCCUCAAGAUGCCAUUCGUGCUAUCGAGGAGAAAAAUCAUUCCAUAUUGAAUGGAAGAGCGAUAAGGGUUACGUGGUCGCACCGUGACUCGGAUGCAAGAAGAAGUGGAAUUGGAAAUGUCUUUGUCAAGAACUUGAAUGAUUCGAUCGAUAGUGUGAAACUUCACGAAAUGUUUCAGAAGUUUGGUAAUAUAUUAUCCUGUAAAGUUGUCACUUCUGAUGAUGGUAAGAGCAAAGGAUAUGGCUUUAUCCAGUUUGAAACUGAAACUUCUGCAAAAGCUGCCAUCGAAGAGCUCAAUGGAUCGACCAACGGGGGAAAACAGAUGUUUGUGGGUAAGUUUGUGAAGAAGAAUGACCGAGCUGCUCCUAGUCUUGAAGCUAAGUACACAAAUCUGUACGUGAAGAAUUUGGACACAAGUUUCUCCGAAGAAGUCCUUAAGGAAAAGUUUUCUGAAUAUGGAAAAAUUGUAAGCUUAGUCAUUUCAAAAGAUGGGAAUGGUGCAUCAAGAGGCUUUGGAUUCGUCAACUUCGAGAACCCAGACGAUGCUAAAUCUGCAGUGGAAGCUUUACAUGGAUCGCAACUUGGCUCAAAGAUUUUAUAUGUAUCUCGGGCACAGAAAAAAACUGAACGUGAGGAAAUGCUGCGCCGCCAUUUUGAGGAGAAAAGGAAAGAACAGAUCCAAAAAUACCAGGCUUCGAAUGUGUACGUGAAGAAUAUUGAUGAUGAAAUCACUGAAGAGGAGCUGAGGCAACAUUUUAGUCAGUGUGGCACAAUUACCUCUGCAAAGAUUAUGCGAGAUGAUAAAGGAGUGAGCAGGGGUUUUGGAUUUGUUUGCUUCUCCAGGCAGGAGGAGGCAAAUAAAGCUGUGUACACUUUCCAUGGAAUCAUUUUGCGUCGGAAGCCAUUGUACGUGGCAAUUGCUCAAAGGAAAGAGGAACGACAAGCCCAGCUGCAGGUACUAUACGCUCAGCGUAUGGCAGGAUUAGCAGGAUCAUCAGCUGUUCUUCCUGGUGGAUACCCUCAUCUUUAUUAUCCACCACCUGGCGUUGUUCCACAAAUUCCUGCACCACCUAGCCUGAUGUAUCAGCCUACUGGAAUCAGGCCUGGAUGGAGAGCUAACGGCAUUCCAAAUCCUUCUAGACCUGCACUUCAUCAAUCUUCAAUCACCAUGUUACCUAACAAUUCAAGAAACCACAGACAGAACAGAGCAAGGAUGAAUGGGCAUGUUCUUCCACAGGGUGCUAGUCUGACAUAUGGAGCACAUCUGCAACAGCCGUACCUUUCUAUGGCUACAUCGAAAGAUUCAGGCAACCAACAACAGAUUGUAGUUGGUGCUGAGGGGUCACAGAUGUUAAGUAGCUUGCUUGCUGCUGCCCCUCCAGAGCAACAGAAGCAUAUACUUGGGGAGCGUCUUUUUCCGCUUGUUCGUCAUCAUCAGCCUGAGUUAGCGGCAAAGAUAACAGGAAUGCUACUGGAGAUGGACAACUCGGAACUUCUAGUACUAUUAGACUCGGCAGAGUUACUAGCAGCCAAAGUGGAAGAGGCUGUUGAGGUGCUCAAACUCUCCAAGUCCAAACUCUCCAACCAAGACUCGCUUCGUUCCAACUACCUCUCUGCUGGAGUAGCCGUGAACUAAACGGAAGGCUGAUUGGUUGCCAUUUUUUUAUUACGUAUCUAUCUCUACAUUAUUCAUUCAUUAGGAUCAUUUAUUUUUUGUUUUCGUUUUUCCAAUCCAGCGACUUUUUUUUUUUUUUUUUUAAUUUAUUUUCUUGGAACUUAUUUAAAUGCUCUUGAGUUUUAGCAUUGGAUCUGAGUUUUAUAGCCACAAUAUCUGAUGAUGAAUAAUUUGACUAUUUGCAACUAUAUUUUAGUUAAUCUUUUUUUUUUU